GGAGAACCGGACAGACAAGUCGUCACUCUGACAGGAGGAGACGAGGCAACAAGGCCGCAUAUCCGAUAGACGGUCACUUCGCUCACGCGUGUACAAGAAGGAAGGAUGGCUCUGGACAGCAAGCAGAAGGAGCUGCUGUUGGGAACACUGAGGGAGCUUGGGGAGGACGACUUUGAGGAAUUCAAGUACUACACUGAUCUUCCUAAAUGCGUACGUGAAAAGCCCAGCCGUGUGUACAUUGCUGAGGAGCUUGUGAUGAAGCACGAUGAGAAUACUCUGGAUGUGACCAUCAAGAUUCUGGAAAAGAUCAAUGAAAACAACUUGGCCGAAAAGUUGCGUCGCAACAUGCUGGAAAUAAAAGGCGCCGUCUUCUCCAUCCAUGAUGAUGAACAGAUUGACAGAUUGAAGGCAGACCUGCAAAAAAAGCUGCAUAGUUUAUACAGCUUUGUUCCUGAGGGUAACACAGAGCGCUGGCAGCAGCAGCCUCUGGCAAACGUCUACACGGAGCUGGUCAUCACCUAUGGGGCCGACAUCAGGCCCGACGAGCGACACGAGGUCCUUCAGAUGGAGACGCGUGCCGCGGCGGCCAAGAAGUCUAUUCUGCCAUGCGACAUCUUCAAAAGCCAUGACGGGCAGCCGCGACCGAUACGCACGCUGCUCACCGUCGGCUUUGCGGGAAUUGGGAAAACCUUCCUGGUUCAAAAGUUAGUGUGCGACUGGGCCAGCGGGAAUGAAAACCAGGACGUACACUUCAUAUUUCCCUUCACCUUCCGCGAGUUGAACACCGACGAAGGGAAAAACUUUACGCUGGCCAAGCUCAUCCGAUGCUACGUCUGUGAGAGCAGGCACAUGAGCGAGGAGACUCUGAACAUUAUAUUAGACGACCUGCACAAGUCCGGGAUACGGGACUACGAAAGCAGCCGGAUCAAGAUCUUGUUUGUCUUGGACGGACUGGACGAGUGCAAGUUCAAAAUGGACUUGAAGAAUGAGAUGAAAGUAGACAUAGACGUGACAGAGGCCUACCCGCUGGAGAUACUCCUGGCGCACCUCAUCAAGAGGAACCUUCUUCCGUGCGCCCGGGUUUGGAUCACAACGCGGCCCGCAACGGCCCGCGACAUCCCUUCCGACCUCAUCGACAGCAGAACAGAGGUGAGAGGAUUCAGUGAUUUCCAAAGGAUGGAGUACUUCAGGAAAAAAUUUCAAAAUGAGGAGCAAGUCAUUGAGCACAUCCGGAAAACUCGCACCAUCUUCAUCAUGUGCCACCUGCCCAUCUUCUGCUGGCUCACCGCCACAGUUCUUCAGGAUCAUUUGGACAAAGCGAAGGAGGGAGAUCUUCCCACAACGCUGACAGACAUGUGCUCAGAGUAUGCUUUUAACCAGCUGGACAAGUCCAAGGAGAGACAGACGACCGAGUACGCAGAUUACGUGAAAGCGCUAGCAAAGCUGGCGUUUGACCACACCAUGAGUAAGCAACAGAUCUUCUACGAGAAGGACCUGGCGGAUAGCGGCUUUGAUUACAGCCAAGCCGCAAAACACUCCGGAAUAUUCACCGAGGUGUUUAAGGAGGUCCGUCCGCUCAGAAGAAACCAACAGGGCAAGAUGUUUCAGUUUGUCCAUCUGACCAUCCAGGAGUAUCUAGCCGCAGUCCACGUGAUGAUUUGCCUCUUCCACGACAACAAAAACAUACUGGAUGAUUCAGAGCAUGCAUUGGAAUGUGUUUCCCAAGAAGAAGAAAAAUCAGAAGUAUCAGAAGAAACAGAAUCAGAAGUUGGAGAAAAAGAAUCAGAAAAUGAAACAGAAGAUGAAGGGGAUUGGAAAAUCACUGAGGUUCACCGGUCAGCUCUCCAGAAAGCCUCGGAGAGUGAAGGAAACCUGGACAUGUUCCUCCGCUUCCUCUUUGGCCUUUCCUUGUCGUGCAACCAGGAACUAGUGGGGGAACUGCUAAAGGCUCCUCGGGACUGCGGGCAAAGCAAGUCAAAGACAGUUGAAUUGAUCAAGGAAAGGAUCAAACGGAACACUCCAGAAAAGAACGUCAACUUGUUCUACUGCUUAAACGAGCUGAAGGACGACUCCUUGCUGAAGCAGUUCCAGAAGAAAAGAGAUUCAGAAUAUAUUGACUGGGACAGCAUGCCAAAUGACAUGUGGUCAGCCUUGGCCUUCUUCUUACUGACGGAUGACAAAACCAUGAAGUCCUUUCACCUGGGGAAAUACACCCCAUCACCCUUGGGGCUCGAGAAGCUGUUGGUGGUGGUCAAGGCCUCUCAAAAGUCAGAGCUGCGGGAUUGUGAACUGGACAUACGCAGUUAUCACCUGCUGGCUUCCGUUCUCAGCUCUCCAUCCAACCUGAUGAAUCUGGACCUGUCCAGAAAUAAUCUGUCGGACGAGGGGAUCGAGAUCCUCUCGAAAGGACUGGCCAGCCCACACUGCAUCUUAAAAGUCCUCCGGCUGUUGGAGUGUAAGAUCACAAAGCGAGGAUGCAUUUCAUUGGCUGAGGCGCUUAUGUUAAACCCCUCCCAUCUUCAAGAGCUGCAACUGAACAACAACGAUCUGUCAGAUGAGGGGGUCGAGAUCCUCUCAAAAGAACUGGCCAGCCCACACUGCAUAUUACAAGUCCUAUGGCUCUCAAAUUGCAACAUCAAGAUGCAAGGAUGCAUUUCAUUGGCUGAGGCUCUCGAGUUAAACCCCUCCCAUCUUCAAGAGCUGCACCUGAGCUUCAACAGCGAUGUGUCGGAUGAGGGGGUUGAAAUCCUCUCACAAGGACUGUCCAGCCCAAACUGCAUCUUAAAAGUCCUAUGGCUGUUGGAAUGUAAGAUCACAAAGCGAGGAUGUAUUUCAUUAGCUGGGGUUCUAAAGUUAAACCCCUCCCAUCUUCAAGAACUUCACCUGAGCUGGAAUGAUCUGUCGGACGAGGGGGUCGAGAUCCUCUCAGAAGGACUGGGCAGCCCACACUGCAACUUAAAGGUCCUAGAGCUGAUAUGUUGCAAUAUAACUAAGAAUGGAUGCAGUUCAUUGGCAGAGGCUCUCAACGUAAACCCCUCCCCUCUUCAAGAGCUGGACCUGAGCUUUAACAGUCUGUUAGACGUGGGGGUUGAGAUACUCUUGGAAGGACUGACGAGCCCACAUUGCAUCUUACAAGUCCUCAAGCUGAUAUGUUGCAAUAUCACUAAGAAUGGAUGCAGUUCAUUGGCAGAGGCUCUCAAGGUAAACCCCUCCAAUCUUCAAGAGCUGCAACUGAACAACAACGAGCUCUCAGAUGAGGGAGUCGAGAUCCUCUCGAGAGGACUGGCCAGUUUUAACUGCAACUUAAAAUGCCUUGGGCUGGAAUCCUGUAAGAUUACAGAUAAAGGAUGCAUUUCAUUGGUUAAGGCCCUCAAGAUAAACCCCUCCCAUCUUCAAGAGCUGGACCUGUUAGGUAAUGAACUGGGAGAAGAAGGCGAGAGGGUCUUAUUGGACGUUCAAGAGGAUCCCAGCUUUAGCCUGAAGACUGUCUACUUUGACUAGUGAAGCAAAGAACAACGUUUGAUUUGAAGACGUUGAGUCCAUUUGGUUUCUUUCAGACGGUUUUGGCGCUGCGGGCAAAGUUUGCGGAGGUUCGCCCACCAAAGUCAAAUUCUUUCCUGUGAGCCAUUAUUGCCUUUCUUAUCCUAAAAUUUCUUUCUUAACAAAAGGCAAUAUUUUCCCGUAGAGACGUGUCUUAACCUGAAAAUUCUUUGGGUAGAGACGUUCUUAAAUAGAGGUACCACUGUAUUUACUUCUGCCUUCUUGUUCCUGUAAAGUUAUUGUCACUUACUCAGUAAUAUCAUUUUAGCGCAAAUUUUGCUCACAUAAAGUGAGUGUACUGUAGGUGUCACCGAAGGUCACACCUAGCGUGCCGUGUCUAGGAGGACCGGACCGACAAGUCGUCACUCGGACAGGAGAAGACGAGAAGACGACAUGGCCGCGCAAGUUUUCCCUUUAACUGAAAGAAAAGGCACGUAAAAAAAUUAAAAAAGUCACGAGUUUGUUUGCUCCAUAGUUUGUUCAUUGGUUGUUCCUUUUUGUCAGUUUGGCUUUUGUUUUAUUGAUCACGUUGCAAUUUCAUAAUGUGUAUAUUGAGAAGCAUCUAUUAAUCACACAAGUACUGCAUUUUGCGACCACCAAAAUGUCUUUUGGCUUGAAUUGUAUUUUGCGUAAUUUUUCAAGCUCAUUUAUAAGCAGAACUCGAAGAAUAUUGACAUUGAAGUGGUACAUCUUUUGAUAAAGAGAUUGGUGCUUGAGCAGGUUUGCCAAUUUCUUCUCACCUCACUGGCGCUUGGAAUGCAUUUCCUUGUUCUGUAUUGUUUUUUCAUUUACAAUAAAAUAAUUAAAUGGAACGUACUAGGCAUGUGCCGGUACGAGAUUCUAACGGUAUGAUAACCUUCAGCCAAAAUAUCAUGGUUUCACGGUAUCACGGUACAGUGAUCCUUUGCUACUUCAUGCUUCAAACUUCCCGCCCUCAGUCCAUCGCAGAUUUUUUUUCAUUUACAAAAUAAAUAAAUACAGAUUAGCCAUCCCGAUCCGAUCACAUAUUCUCACUCUCCCCCCCAGCUUAUUUUCUUGGUCAGGCAGUGCACUGGAGUCGCUUAUUAAAGUUAACGAUGAUUGACGGACGUUAAGGUUUGAUCUUCUUAGAGAACCUUGGAAGCUGAAACUUCAAAGCACCGCAUGCAUCAAUCAUUGUUUAACUUGUUAAACAGUUGCUGUGGCAACUCAUUGUAUGUCAGUAAGCAGCUUGAGCAGAUUUGAGUGGACUCACUCGAUGAAGCAUUUAGGCAUACAGUGGGGAGAACAAGUAUUUGAUACACUGCCAAUGAAUACUUGUUUACAUUAUUCUUGUUUAAAAAUAAUUCAGUGGGACAGUAACAUGUUUAAUAAUGAUCAUAAUUAUUACAUUUGAAGUGCUUAAAAACCAUUUAUUGAAGAAAAAAAAAAUAUACACAUACACU